UAAUGCUGCACAAAUUAAACCAGGUUACAACUGGGGAAAUAACAAAUACAAUAGGAUUAAGUAGUCUAAACAUAACUGUUGUGUGCAUGUGAUAAAUCUUUUCUGAUUUUAUAUUUGUUAUAGGUUACUUAUUAGCUGCUACAAGGCCCUACAGUGUAAUGUAAUACAAGAAUAACCAGAGCUUUUCACAUAUCGACUCUUGCAGGCCAGAGUAGCUGAAGAAAUUAGCUGGAGCCUAAACAUGAAAAGGAAGGCUGAAGGUGGGGAUAUUGCCAGCUUUUUUGCUAAGAAAAUUCAGAGAAGUACACAGGAGGAAGAGAAGGAUGGAAAUGAAGGAGAAGGCAGUAAACUGGAGAGACCACGAGGGUCAGAGCAGGAGAAGACCACAGAAGGAGAUGAGGAAAUAAGUGAAGGAGACGAGGAAAAAGAAAAAUCAGUGAGGGGUGAAGAAGAGGCUCCAGAUUCAGAGAGAGGGACAGAGGCAGGGAGUAAUCAGGAGGAGGCAGAUGAGGAUGACAGGGAGAAAGAGGAUAGACCUGCCAUUCCCCCUGGACCACAUGAUAUAUCAAAAUGCAAAGGUAAUGCAGCCUGAUUUAAAGACAUUCCCAAAGACACAACAUGGAGCAGCAAAAAGAAGCUUCCACAGGGAGUGGUGCAGUCCUCGACCAUGGCUUGAAUAUUCCCUGUCUAAAGAUGCAGCAUACUGCUUUGCAUGCAGACAUUUUGCACAUUUAAAUAUCAGUGUAUUCACAACAGAAAAUUGCUAUUCUAACUGGAAGAAGGCCACUUAUAAAGAAAGUGGGUUCAGUGUACAUGCCAGAUCAGACACAUAUGAUUGCAUGGAGUGAGUUCAAAAGAAUGGACAAGAAAAAUACAACUGUCUUGGGAAUGAUGGGAGAUGAA